AUGCCAGACUCUGCACCUUCGUCGUCCGUCGCAGCCAAAGAAGAAAUUUCUGCAGGAAUUUGCGCCUUGACAUAUGAACCAUUGGAUUCAAGCAAGAUAAUUCAGUCAGUGGGAGACGAUGGCGCAGGGGCAAUCGCGGCAUUUAUCGGGACAACUCGUAACUCAUUCAAAGGCAAAGUAGUGACUCGCUUGGAAUAUCAAGCUUACAGCAAACUGGCAAUCAAGACAAUGUGUGAUAUCGUCCGUAGAGCGCAGGAGACUGUCAGCCGAUCAGAUCAUCACACUCCUUCCACCACUGUUCCAGCAAUCAUAUCAUGCGCACUGUAUCACCGUUUAGGAAACGUCCCGGUCGGAGAGCCAUCAAUUGUGAUUGCAGUAUCAUCUCCGCAUCGCAAAGAGGCAUUCGUGGCCUGUGAACAAAUCCUCGAGGAUGUUAAACAGCGGGCCCAGAUAUGGAAGAGAGAGUUCUAUGAAGAUGAAGACAAGGAUCAGGCAGUAUGGAAGGCCAACAGCGGAUGA